AGCCUGUGGGAGGGGCUGCAGAGAAGCAGAUACAGCUGGCAGUAUUUAGUUAUCAGAGGAAGUGAACGAGCUGUGUUUUUCCAGAGGAGAACUGAGAGGAGUGCUUCAAUUAGCCGAGCGGCUAGGGAUUUGAACUACCUCUGUAACCAUUAAGCCUCUCAUCAUGAAAUCAACCAGGUUCCUCCUAUGCUUCCUUCUUCUCGAAGCAGCUUCAACGUUUAAAAUAUGUUCUUUCAAUGUCCAAAGCUUUGGCGAAUCCAAGUCCUCCAAUGAGAAGGUGAUGUUAAGUUUGGUCAAGAUUGUGUCGCGCUGCGAUGUGUGUCUGCUGCAAGAGGUGCGUGACAGCAAGGGCCGGGCUGUCCCCAAGCUGAUAAGAGAUCUGAACAGAUAUGACGAAAAGCACAAGUAUGAAUUUGUUGCAAGUGGUCGUCUUGGAAGAACAGAAGCAUACCAGGAGCAGUACGUCUUUGUAUACAGGUCGGAUCAAGUGGAGGUGAAAGACAAAUACCAGUACCCUGACAGACAGAAAGGGGAUGUCGACGCUUUUGCCAGGGAACCUUUUGUUGUGCAUUUUCGGGCUCCAAAAACUGUGGCGAGAGAUAUAGUCCUCAUUCCCCAGCACACAGCCCCUGCGAACGCCACCAAAGAGAUCGACGAGCUCUAUGACGUCUUCCAAGAAGUGAAACGUCUCUGGAAAAUUAAAAAUGUGAUGUUUCUCGGGGACUUUAAUGCAGCCUGUGGAUAUGUUCCUAAAAAAGACUGGAAGAAUAUCCGCCUGUUCACACAGCCAGGUUUUUUCUGGCUGAUUGACAACAAAGCUGACACGACAGUGCGUGCCACCACAGAUUGUGCAUAUGACCGGAUCGUUGUGCAUGGGGACUCUUUCUUCCAGGGAAUUGUUCCACACUCUGCCAAGCCUUUCAACUUUGCCAGGGAGUUCCACCUCAGGGAAGAUGAGGCUCUGGAAGUGAGUGAUCAUUACCCUGUCGAAGUGGAGAUAAAGACGACAUCUUCUGGGUACAAAGAAAAUCAAGUCCAUCAUGUCCUCGUCCUCAUUGCAGUAUUUGCACAGUGUUAUAUCAUGUCAUGAGUCCAUGAUGAACAGUUAAGACUCCCAGAUUUUCCUCAGUGCAACUCUUUGGUUUGCCUUUAUGGAUGUGGAUUGCAAAUCUAAUGUGGUUCUUUGAUGUCCAGGCCUUCUCUCUUUGUGAGCAUAUUUUACAGCUGCUGAGCUCAGAAGAGUAUGGCUCUGAUCUACAAAGAUUCUGUGGUCUGAUUUGGAAAAUCUGCAGUGUUUUCAUUACCACAAAAAAAAAACUUUGUGGAGCUAAAUGAAUCUUAGGCUAUUACAUCAUAUCCGGUAAAGAUCCAACAACCAGUUCUGCUCCUAUCAGUACCUUUUGUUAAGGACAGUCCCAUUUCUUAUAGUCGGUCAACUUUCACUUCAAUCCAGACCUUGAUGAAGUAGGACUUUAAGCUCAGAGGAGGUAAUUCCCAUAACUCUAUUAUAAAGGCUUUGAACUCUUCAAAAAGUACAGAUCAUCUGUUGAUUUUAAAUACAACUGUUUCUAAAAUGUGUCAAGAAAAUCUAAAAGGAACUAUUCUAUUCAAAUACUGCCCUUUUCUACAUUACAUGAACUGGCAAUAAAGGAAAAGAAUAGAGAGAUUUGCCACCAUAUUUAACAGUCUACUUUCAAUUGUCCCUUCAUUUCUUUAGGCCUUGGAUGUGAGGGACCACUACCCAGUAGAACUGAACUUGAAAGAAAGAUCUACAAGCUUCCAGCAAGAGCUUACUGCAUAGAUCUGGACAACAUUUAGGGCUUCUAUGUACAUUACAUGAGCUGUAAUUUGAUUGGGAUCUACACUGUAAAAACAACUUCAAGUAUUUUUGUCUGAAGACAAGUUUUUUUCUGAAAUGGAAGGAACUUCUUACGACACAUAAAUGUGAUUGGCAAUACCUCUUCUCAUCAUAAAUUAUUGUUAACUUAAUCAGGCCCAAGCAUAGGACACUUUUCUUUCUAUCCAUUGAGUCACAAUAUGUGUAAAUGUGUGUAACCUCAGCCUAUCAGCCUUCACAAUAUGGUUGGGCAGUUUGUCAUAUACAGUAGUAUGUAUUAAGAAUUAUCUUUGCACAACAAAUUCUCAUUGCUUUUACAAUGAAGCAUUAUACAGCAUAAAAAGCAGACAGGGCCUUAUCCUUUUUACAGUGACCCCCCAUCCCUCAAAGGGUUUCAACCCAUUGAACUUUGGCAGACCCCACCUCAUUGGUGACAUACAGUAUUAUACACUAGGGGUAUAACCUGGAGUCUUACUAGAGUGUUACUAGUAUUAUUUUUCUGCUUGUUUUUGUCAGGGCAGAGUCUUAGCUCUACACUUGAACAUCUUCUAUGUUUCAGGUUUUUAUCACAAUGUAAUUUAAUGACAAUGCCACUUAAUUCGAAUUUUUGUACAGCGGGUCUCUGCCCCAACAUGAAAAUGGUUGAGCUGCACUGACAAGAGGCCAUUUAUUAAAAGUCUCUUUACAAUCAUUCUCGGCAUUUAAGCUGAACCACGUACUUUUCUCGUGUAAGCUAAAUGAUAAGCAUUUAUAAUGAUGACAAUUAUUGCUAUUUAUUAAGUGCUUCUUUUCAUGUCCAUUAUUCCCAUGGUCAGAGUGGGAAAUCAGGGAAACUGAUUGUGAAAACAUAUUAAUUCUUUUUUUGAUAUCUCAAAUUGUAAUCUCGUAUAUAAAUGAACUGAAUAUUUCAUGACCGUUACCAAACUUUGAGUAAUGUUGAGCAGACUGAAAUUAAAAUAAAUGUUGCUUUUCCGCGUCA